AUGGAUUUUAUAGUGGGUUUACCUCCCUCGGGCCGUUUUGACACCAUUCUCGUGGUGGUUGAUCGCCUGAGUAAAUACGCUCACUUCAUAUGCCUCUCACAUCCCUUCACAGCCAAAGGGGUGGCCACCAUUUUCUGUAAGGAGAUUAUUCGAUUACAUGGGUUCCCUCGUUCCAUCAUCUCUGACCGGGAUCUCUACAUCUUUUUCCAUCGUCUAUGGACGCGAACCUCCACCCAUCAUUCCGUAUGUCUUUGGCGAAACAAAAACGAGGAGGUGGAGCAACAGUUAGUUGCCAGGGAUGACAUGUUAAAGCUUCUUCGUAGUAAUCUCCAAAAGGCCCAGGACAGAAUGAGAGCUCAAGCUAAUCUUAAACGUCAGGAAUUAACUUUUAAGAUUGGCGACUAUGUUUUUCUCAAAAUUCAGCCUUAUCGUCGGAAGAGUUUGUCUAAACGUCGGUAUGAGAAGCUUUCCCCUCGCUUCUUUGGCCCUUACCGUAUCAAGAGAGCUAUUGGUCAUGUGGCAUAUGAACUGGAAUUACCUCCUGAUGCUAGAAUCCAUCCAGUCUUCCAUAUCUCUAUGCUUAAACCAGCUCGUGGUAAUUUCUCUUCCACCCCUCUCCAUCCGUUACCUAUCACGAAAGACUGGGAGCUUGACUUACAACCAGAAUCUAUUCUCUCUCAUCGUUGGGUUUCUGAAGCGGGUCAGCAGGUCCUCGAACUGUUGGUUUCUUGGUGUCAUCGUCCAGUUGAGGAGGCUACAUGGGAAAAUUAUGAUUUGUUCGUCACUCAGUUUCCUACUUUCCGACUUGAGGACAAGUCAUUUUUCCAGGAGGGAAGUAAUGAUAAGGCCCCACUCAAAGUUUAUUCGAGAAAACGGAAGCGGGUUGGCGAAAUCAACAUGGGUCAGCUCAUUUACGUUUUCAGUGCUGAAUUGGAUCCAUUGGGUCAGCCCAAUUGUGGAAUUAAAGAGGAGUGGGGAAGCAGUUCACAUGCAUGA